UCAUAUCGUUACCAUGCCUUAUCCUCCCCUGCUGCUGCUGCUGCUCUUUGUGGGACUGUGGAGCCAGACUGGACACAGCGCUGUGAUGGACAAACUGGCCGACAACAAGAUCUGUGGAGAUGUGGAGUGCUCAUAUGUGCUCUCCUUGGCCACGGCCUUGAAUGACUUCAUCGCUCCGGACUGCAGAUUUAUCAACAUCAGGAAGGGGCAGAUGUGUAUCUGUUAUUCUCACUUGCAGGUUUAUGGUCACCGCUACGUGGACCAGAUCGGCAUUAUGGGAUACUUCCCCGCAACUGUGGUGAAGGAGACGCACAAGUUUACCACAGAGACUGUUAAAAUCCCGACAACUGACGGUGAUUUUUACUGUGAUUAAGGAAGAUGAAGGUCUUAUUCUGACUUUUUCCCAUUAACGACCAGACUGUUGUCUCUGGAGGACGACCAGAAUUUGGAUGCUGAAGAAAACACUAAUGCAGUGGAACCUCGAGAUACGAGCAAAAUCCGUUCCAGGACCGAGCUCGUAACUCGAGGUGCUCGUAUCUCGAAUCAUUUUUUUUUCCAUAAGAAAUAACAGAAAAAAAAAAAAAAAGAAUUUGUUCC